UUUUUGGUCCCUGUGCUGAGGUAAGUUUAAAAUGUGAAGAGGCUCGUUUGUAUCAUGAUCCCCUAGCAACCGGCAGGUGUCGGUGGCACCACAGGAGAGCGAGGCACGGAGCAGCUUCAACCGGUUUCCAUGGCAACUCAGACGCGCCAACUCGCUCAACCCAAACCCAACCGACUCGGAUAUCCAGACCGUCGUUCGGUCUACUGGCUGGACCAGCUCCCACCAGAGAAGACUGGAUCCACCACCAGAACUGAGUUAACCCCUCGCUGGUCGGAGCUCUGUCCAAGUAAAAAGUUCUACACGCAAAUGACACUUCCUCCCGUCUGGGAGGUCAGUGAACCGGCUCUCCGUGCCGUGGCCUCCGAUCGCCUGCUCCACCUGGCUCGACCUCGGGCCCCCACGGCCGACUGGCAGCCGGAGCGCCCGCUCCUCGCCGCCUUGAACAGAGAGACGCAGACGGCGGUCGCCACUCCACGAACAUGCCAGCUUGCCCGACCAAAAAGAAGGCCGGUUCCGGAGGACUCCGGCCCAAAGUCCAAGGCCGUGACCGUGACCCUCACACCCUGCAAAGCUUCAGCACACAUCGAGCUACUCGCCACCCCGAAGCACGACCACCCCAAGUUCGAAGGCGAGCGCUCGGCGUGCUGGUCCGUCUCCCGAGCGGCCAGAAACUUUGCGGCGGGCCAGAGGCUCCUCCAGCUGUCCGGUCCCAAAGAGAGGACCGCUCUGUUUGAGGGGUACGACCCGUACGCCGUCAGCCAGGCGGCCCGCGCCGCCGGCCCCUCUCCUCGGGUACGACAGCUCUGCCUCCCUCUGCCUCGCAAGUGUAGCUCCAACUAUGACCGAUGAGGGCCGGUUGGCGUUCUCCCCUUUUUUUCCCCUCAUGGGAUCAAAGUUGUCGUCUUUUUUUUUUUUUUCUUUCUCCUUGUACACAAACACGAUAAAGGCCUCUUACUUGAAUGUACACAUGGGGACAACAGCACAUCCUAAAUACAUUGUGGAAUCAAUUCCUCAUUUCGGACCUCCGCGACGACAUUUCCACGACCCUGCUCCGGACCACGAACCCCAGCUUUGGAACCGCACCGAAGCGUCUUUAUUACCAGCUGAGAGCGCGAUGGACGAGCUCCGUGCACCGUUGAGUGGACUCGAUCUGUUCAGAAAUGUGUCCAUGAUUAUCUCUCCAAUAAAUAGACGCAUGUGGACGGCUC